AGACUGAAAAAAAUAAUUGAUACAAAAGAACAAAUGAUAAACGUUUCAAUUGCUGAAAUCGGCCUUGAUCAAACAACGUUGUUGCUCAUGUGGGUCAUCCUAUAAGUACCGCCAGCCGGCCGAAGAAAGCGCAUUCUAGAAGGUGCAGUGGUUGUGUCGUGUAGACAAGUUCUCUCCGGUGUCCAACAUGAAGUCUCUAACGUGCCUCGCCAUCUUUACUUUUGCCUUCUGUCUUGCGACGGCAGUGAGAAUCAAGAACUGCGGUGGGAAAGCAAACAUCGACUAUCAGAAUAUUCAGAUUACUGGAUGCAGCCCCAAACUCCCCUACUGUAUCUUCGAGAAGAACCACACUGCCCAACUGAGCAUCCCCUUCUCAUCCAAUACGGAGAUCACAUCACUCAAGGCUGUGGUGCAUGGGGUGAUCGGCGGCAUCCCAAUCCCCUUCCCUUUGGACAACCCCGAGGCGUGCGGCCAGAGCCUCACGUGCCCUGUCGCUGCCCACACCAACGUCACCUACUUUGAGGGGCUUCCUGUCAAGCCCAUUUACCCCUCGCUUCGCCUGACGGUGAAGUGGGCGCUGCAAGACCAGGCCGGCGUGGAUCAAGUGUGCAUCCUCAUCCCCGUCAAACUCCAGUGAUCGUCGAGCAGGCCUCGCAUCACAACUGAAUUAACUUUAACUAACUUCAGUUUCCUUUAAGUUUUAAGAUGCCAGUUAUUAGGAUAUUUUAGAUAACUUCCUACAGCCUUCCUUCUUGUUGGCUUCUUUGCGCGUCCGUUUUAGACGUUAGUUCAUUCAAUAGAAUCUUUUGAUUGGAUGAUGGCUCGCAUGAUGAGCAGCUUAUUAAAUACUUUGAGGCUUAUAUUGUUCGGUAAAAUCACAAGUUUAUACUUAAGAGCCUCAUCUACUAUAGCUAUCAAAGACCUCGUAAAUCUGAUACAAUGCGUCGCUCUCCUACUUAACUAUUAAGGUAUAUUAACUGACGUGCAGACCUAGGCAUUAUUUCUCUAUUUUCUUCAAUAAAAGUGACUUAGUAAUAAGGCUUCAA